GACGUCAUUUCCGAUAACAAAUCAAACAAAAUGGCCGCGUAAUAAUGUAUUUUUUAAUUAAACAUGUGAACAUUGUAUAAAAUAUGGCCCUGUUAGCCUUAAAAUUCAGCGAAGAGAAGCGCAGAAAUCUUGCAAUAUUUAUUGCAAUAUCACACUGGAUGUGCAUGCUACCAGCUUCCGUUUGUUUGCUUUUAGGAAUAUUAAUUUACAUAGAUAUAUCGAACAAAAUUUCGUUCAUUGAAGACCACAUUGGCAAUGUGGUACCAUUCUUUAUUGCAUUUUCAGGAUUUUUUGGACUAUUUUGUCACAUAUUUUGUGGGACAGUGGCAUUUUCUAAUAGAACAUCUGUGAAGCAGGAUAAAUGGAAGAAAUUAUUGCUGCCUGCAUUAAUCGCAACUGUUUUGCUCUUUCUUUUGGAACUCAUCACUGGUAUAAUGUGUAUAGUGCAUUUCCAAGGUAUGAAAGAUUCCUUCAUUACUGGCAUAAAACGUGCAAUGUCUUCCUACAAGGAUCGCGUAACGGUCAAAGCAGAAGUUGACACGAUGCAGAUUUCAUUUGAAUGUUGCGGUAUAAGGUCAUAUAAAGAUUGGUUCUAUGUCACAUGGAUGCAGCCAGAGUUUGUUAGUUCGAAAAAGUCGCAUGCAAGAAUAGAUUCCAGUGACAUAAUUAUAGACGAUGUGCCAUUCAGCUGCUGCACCUCUCACGUGCUCCGCCCGUGCAUUAAUCAUCACGUGCAUGACAACGCUCUUCACUUUAAUUAUGACUACCACGACAGUACUACAUUAUACAAGCACGGGUGCACGAACAAGCUGGUAGGGUUUUAUGGGAACCUUAUAUUGAAACGGACUGGAGCGCUGAUGCUAUUCUUGUCAGAUAUCCAGUUCAUGGUGAUGAUAUGCACACGGUUUUUGCAGACAUCUAUAGUUUCAAUGACGUCACAGGAUAGAGGAAAAGGAGCAUCCACCGGAUAUCUAUUUACUGCUCCAAAAGAAGCUUCCGAUUUCGACGUCAAAACAAUUUGCAAUAAAUUGUCAUUGGACUCAUCUGUUAACAACACUGAUGAGGCAAACAUCAGUGGGAGUGCGAGCACACAUUCUGGUGUAAAACGAGAUAGAAAUACGGACAAAGUUUAUAAUUUCGAUCAAGAGUUUGAAUUAGAUGAUCCUGUAGAUCGUGUUAUAAAAUUUAAAAAGAGUAGGGCGGAUGCUAAAAAACAAAGACUGAGACUUCAAAGACACCGCAGCAACAGAAAACCAACUCCGAAAACUGAAAAUUCUAUUUCUACAACAGAGUAUAGUGCAACGACAGAUAUAGCGAAGAAUGUGUUCAAUGACAAUUUUCCCAGCCUUGACAGAAAACCAACUUCGAAAUAUAAUAGUUCAUUUCCGACAUUAAGUGACCAUAAUGCAAAAACUUCAACACCGUUAAAAGCGUAUGGUUCGGUUCGCAAGAUAGCCGAAGAAAUAGGCCCAGUAAUGAUGCGGUCAUUUACUAGAUACUCAGAUAUUGAGCUUGUAAGACUGGUACACCAAAAAGCUUCCGGCAAAUAGAAAACUGUCUACGAGCAAAGGAAUAUACAUUAAUAAAAAUGAUUUUUGUAUCAGAAAAUGUAUUUAUUCUUUCUUGC